GGGCGCAUAUCCACCAACGCAAUUCAACCACCGAAUCAACCACGGCCCAACACGAUCCGAAUCCCGUACCUGUCGUCCGCGAAACACAUGAAGCCGCCCGGCCUGUCUUUGCGCGAAACAAGGACAAAAUGGCGAACCCUGUGGGUGAGGAUAGUUGGUUAGCUUACGUUGACGAGGAAAGCCGACAUGCCAACGAUCUCGAGGCGCGUCUCAAUGUCGUCGAGCUCUUCAAGAAUGCUGUCGCCGCCGAACCUGGAAGCUUAAAGAUUUGGUUGGCAUAUUGCGAAUGGUUCUGGUCGCUUUUUACCGAUUGUCAGUCGAGUGAGGCUGGAUGGUCCGAGGAGGAACAACAACGUGGUCGUAAGCAUUUUUCCUUCGAUUCAGCUCUGAGUCUCUGGAGUCAGGGUUACGAGGCCAUAAAGUAUCGCAUCAAUGAUAGUCACGAGUUUUGGAAUCGCUGGGUUUCCAUCGAACUUGAACAAUUAGCCAGAACCAGGACUCCCGUCGGCGUUAAGCGCAUAUCGCAUCUCUUCCGCGACCGACUUCAAGUUCCCCAUGCUACCUGGGAUGAUACGUCGCAGAUGUUCUCGAGCUUCUUAAGCACGUACAACAAUGCUGCCUAUGAGACCGAAUUCAAGGAAAUGACCGCCAGUGCACAGGAAGCAAAGGCCGCAUACGAGGCGAGGGAACCAUACGAGCUAAAAUUGAACAGGGCCAUCAAAUCAGGAGAUGAUGAGGCACACAAAGCAACCAUGAAGGACUAUCUGGGCUGGGAGAUAGCACAGAUAAAAAAGAAGUUCAGAAAUCCUAUAUUAUCUGUGUCUCUUUGCCUUGGAUUAUUCGCGCGAGCGCUCUGUGGCAUAUCUGCCUUUGAUGACGAGGUCUGGAGUGAUGCUGCCAUUUACCUGUCAGCAUUACAACACCACGCUAGGACGUUCCAACUCCCAUUGCCCAUACCCAACCUACCUGACUUUUACCAGCGAGCCACUUCUCACUGUCCAUGGUCUGGCCCUCUUUGGUCCCGAUACAUCCUAACAGCCGAGGAGGCAGGUUGGUCGUUCCAUAGUGUCGAGUCGAUCAAGCAUGCCGCCACAAAUACAAAAGCUCUUGAUAAAAAUGGCAUGGCUGGUGUUUUAGAUAUGUACACGGCUUGGUGUGGCUUCCUGAAGCGGACAGCAAUGGAUCCUAAUGCACCCGAAGAUGCAGCUGAUGUUGCCGAAGUUGGUUUAUUGGCUGCAUUGGAGGAUGUUGACCUCUGGGGUAGACGCCUUUACAAGGAUGCUUAUCGAGGCGACCCCAACUACAGGCUUCAGCGCAUUCUCAUCCAAUUCCUCACCGAGGUGAAAGGUGAAAUUGAUGAUGCGCGAGAACAUUGGGAUAACAUGGCCGACCAAUCUCUAACGGCUGAUAGCUAUGACUUCUGGCUCAACUACUAUCUAUGGGAGAUGAUGAUAUAUGCUUCUAAGCCAAAACCUCGGAGUCCUACUCCAGCCACCCCAGUAGGCGGUACUAAGAUUAGGCGAGUUCCUGGUCUCGCUACUACCAUUCUCCAGCGUGCUAUUGCGCGACCGACUCUGGACUGGCCUGAACGAAUCAUGGAAGUCUAUCUGCAACAUUGUAAUGAUUACGAGUCCCCCGAGACUCUUCAUCACGCUCUUGAUAUGGUUCAUACAGCUCGACAGGAGGUUGCUAAACGUCGCGAACGAGAACAGGCCGCUUACCAAGCCCAGAUGCAACAAGCACAGCAGCACGUGACCCACGAUCCGGCCACGGAGAAUGGUGUGGUACCAGGAUCACCAUCCGGCUCCAAGAGGAAACGAGAAUUCACACCGGACGACACAUACCAGGGUGUGAGCAAGCGCGUCAAGAGUCUAGAGGCCGACGGUGCCGAUCGUCUAGCUAAUGAGCAGAAACUUAAGCGCGACCGAGAAAAUACUUCUGUUAUAGUUACAAAUCUACCUGUAGAUGUGACACAGACGGCUAUUCGCAAGUACUUCAGGGAGUAUGGACAUAUCAAUAAUUUAGACUUGCGUAAAGAACCAGACGGCGAGUCUAGCACUGCUUUGAUCGAAUUCAGGUCUACGGAGGAUGUUCAAUCCGCCCUCUUGCGAGAUCAGAAGUAUUUCGGUCAACAUCAGAUCACCGUCAAACCUGGUACGGGCUUGACUCUCUUCGUAUCUAAUUACCCGCCUACUGCAGACGAAACGUAUAUCCGCAGUCUUUUCAAGGAUUGCGGCGAUGUCUUCGCCGUUCGCUUUCCAUCUCUCAAGUUCAACACACAUCGUCGUUUCUGCUAUGUCUCAUUUAGGGAUCAGGAUUCCGCUUAUAAGGCGACACAGUUAGACGGGCAGCUUAUCGAGGGCAAGUUCAAAUUACAAUCUAAGUAUUCGAACCCUACCCACAAGAAGGAUCGCGAAGGGGCUGUUGCAGAAAGCCGAGAAGUCCGAGUCAAAAACGUCGACUCUUCCGCGAAUGAAGAUGAUCUUAAGGAUGUCUUUAGCAAGUACGGCAAAGUUUCUACCGUGCGUAUCGUUAGAAAUACUGGUGGUAAGAAUGUUGGUACUGCUUACAUCGUGUUCGAGACGAAAGAGGAUGCCGAGAGUGCUCUACAACUUGACAAGACCAAAUUCAAGUCGCAGAUCCUUCUAGUCGACCUCAGUAAAGAGACUAACUUCAAGCCCUCUGCCGUAAGUAGAGGCGACCGACCUUCUGCGUCACCCGCCCCUAGUGGAGACGGCGAUGUGGCGAUGACGGACGGUAAUGGCGAAUUCCAUAAUGGAUUUCAAAAACCAACAUCGAAGGAAAUUCAGGAACGCACAAUAGCCAUUAUGAACGUCCCGGACACUGUCAACGAUGCUCGCGUCCGAGCAAUCGUCGAGAAGCACGGCCCUAUUGUAAAACUUAUUUUGCGACCUGAUCACCAAGGUGCCAUCAUCGAGUUCGCUGAUGCCGCGACCGUUGGACGAGCCGCACUAGGCUUGGAGGGGUACGAGAUUGUACCAGGCCGAAAAGUUCGCACUGGCACUGUGCGAGAUCUCCUUCAGGAAAGAAGUGAAAAGAGGGAGGACAAAAUAAUUACGGGCAAAAGGAAGGCUGCUAACCACAAGGGAGGUUCGAAGGAGGGUAGAUUCAUGCCGCCUCCUCAAAACAUCCGAAGACCUGUGGCUGGCCGAGGACCAAAGCGAGGACUAGGAUUUGUUGCGCCGAAGAAAGAUGCUAGCAAGAAUAAUCACCAUACCUCGGAAACCAACGGCACUGGGGCUGCUGUGAAACCAAAGAGUAACGCCGAUUUCAAAGCCCUAUUUCUUAACCCCGGAAAUGGCGAAAGUACCGCCAACCACCAGGUUAAUGGGACGGGACGAAAUUGAAUAUACGAUUAAGGGGUUCACAUGAGCAUUACUUCGUACAUGAUGCAUACCACAUACAUACGAGAAAAACGGAGUGGUGAGGUGGAUACGGGAGCAUAUUUUGGGCGUGGGUGAUCGAGUUACGAUGGUCGAUCGAGUUCAGAUUCCUUCCUUGAUACCCCUGGCAUUACGAUUACUUUACUUAAUUACCUAUUCAGUGUGCGUGCGUGUGUGCGAGAGAAAAAGUGAGCAAAACAGUUCAGAUUCUAGAAGAAGAAAGAUUCUUUCAAUAAAAAAAGGAAGCACGAAAGUUCGAUACCAUUGGCAUAGGCAUGACAUUUUUUUUUCUUCUUUCUCUCUUCAUUGCAUCAUCAUCGGUUCUCGGUUUCGGUCCGGUUCGGUUUUUUCUCGGGGAUUGAAUGAACCCCCCCAAUCGCCAUCAUCAUCAUCAUCAUCAUCAUGGAAAGGAGGACGAAAAGAAAGGAAGGGA